AUGCUGCGUCCGAUCACGCGAGUGCCCCUUCGGCUGGGACCCCCCACGCCACUCCCCACCCACGAGAGGGCCCUCGCUGACGUGAAGAGCUCGGCAGUCCGCAGGAACUAUGCCAGGCUUCAACGGCAGGCCGAGAAGUCUGCGGCGAGCCGCCGCGGCAGCCGGGUCCCCCCGGAUGAGAAGGGCGUUGCCAAAGAGGCCAAGACGCAGGAGACGGUUGCUGGCGAGGGCAAGACGUCUUCCGAACACGGUAAACCCGUCGCUGGCAAGGACAAGGAAUCUCCAAGGAAGAGGAGGUGUGGCACGAGGAAGUGUGGGAGUAGCAAGGGCAAGUCGUCUGGCUCCAAGUCCAAGUAG